AUGCUGCUUGAGGACAUCGAGGGCGACUUGAUCCUGGAUGCUGUGGACAAAGUGCUGCAACGCCGCGAACACUUUCGAGAAAAGCAGCGGUCUCACCGACGGAGACAGCGAGACGAGUUCCUUUGGCUGCAGACGCAGGCGGCGGGCCUUGAAGCGUUGGCGACACGUCUGCGUCACAUCGCGUGCUCAAAUAAUCGCCCGAAACACGACGACGGGUUGUUAUAG